AUGGCGGCUGAACACUAUGGAGCGAGACUCCUUGAAGACGUGCAGGAGGAGAGUUUAGAAAAGCUUCUAGCCGACCUCAGACACAUAACAUGUCCGCAGCCGAGAGCAGUAUUUGGAGUGCCGCAGCUGGAUAAGCUGCUAGAAGCAGUCCGUUAUCCCGCAGAGGCGACGACGCCACAACGUCCAGCAUGGCAGUCGCCAGAACAUCACCACAGCGAGAGCGAGGGUCAACAAGAUACAGACACUAGCCUCUAUGGACGAUAUGUCGAGGCAGCCGCUGUUCCGUCCAAGACUCAGGCCAGGGUUAAGCCCAAGCCGGCCACGAUCGAGCUCACCAGCCGGACGAGCGCCUCGGGCAAGACAGCCCUCCUGUCCUACUUGGCCGCCGUUUCCGUACUGCCUAGACAUGCGGGUGGCAAGGAAUCAGUGGUCGUGUAUAUCGACGCGGACGGGCGCUUGUCUGCUAGGAGACUCAAACAGAUCAUGUACCAUUACAUCUGCCAGCAGCAGCAGCAGCAGGAGCAGCAGCAGCAAAAGUCCAACCAGCAGUCCAACAACCCAGGCAAGAAUACUUCACCCUCACCCCCUAUUCCUGAAGCUCAAGUCAGCCUCGACCUCGAUGUCAACACGACCAUCCAAGAAGCAUUGCACCACGUCCACGUCUUCCGUCCGCAAUCGUCCUCUCAAGUGCUCUCCAUCCUCUGCAACUUGGAGGCCUACCUGCUCGACACAUUGGGACGCCAACCCAUGUGUACCCACCGCUCUCUCGGCCUGGUGAUCAUCGACCCAGCAACCGCGUUCUACUGGCAAGACCGAUUCGACCGGGCGAUGGCCCGCCUCGAAACUGUACCCGGACAGGGCACCCAGGGCCAAGGACCCAGCAGCAUGACGUUCCGGACCAUCGAGCGGUUGAAAUAUCUGCAGACAAGAUUCGAAUGCGCUGUGCUGUUCAGCACGACCGUGAUGCCUUUGGCCCAUCCUUCCGGGUCGGACGCGCCCGCACCCGUGACGCCUGCUGGGGCUGGGCCUGCGGACGACGGACGCAGUAUGUCCCCCUGGACCGGUUAUGCGACGCUGACGCUCGCGCUGGCGAGGAUGCCCGUCGCGCGGUUCACGCCGAAGAUGGGGAUGGAUGAGUGUGUGAGUGUUAAGGAACGGCGGUUCGAGGCCGUGAGACAGGGGCGGUUCACUGCCGUGGUGCAGUACAUGAAGGCCGUCGAGGGAGGGAGGACUGUCGACAUGGCUGGAUUUAGAUUCCAUAUCACGGAGCAGGGCGUCGAGGUCGGAUGGGUCGACGGGUGA